UGGAGGUAUUAGACCUCAUAAUACUGAAUCCAUUCUGUCUUGGGUCUCACUCUGGGAGACUCCGGGGGCAUCGAAAGGGAAGUUUAUUUAUGAAGCUUCCAAAUCCUUUUAGUGAGAGUAGUCAAGAAGAGGAGGUUGAGGGCAUUCCAUGGUUUUAAUGGAAGACGUUAUUUUGGGGUAUAUAUGCAGCAUCUUCUUUGGAGUUGUGGAAUUAGGUUAUAAUUGUCAAAAUUUUGAUGUAGGGUUUAGUUUAGCAGUUGGGAGAAGGAUUAUAGAAUUAUAAUGUGUGAAAAUCAAUAACUUGUCAUAAAUUUUGGUAAUGAUAUUGAUUGGAAGAUACCCCAAAUUAUACUUAGUUUCAUCAUUAAUAGGUUGGAUGUAACUUACCUGAGAAUAUCUGGCCACAAUUUAGAGACAAGAUGAUCCAUUUGGAUGAACUCAAGUAAUCUUUAAUGAUGAAUAAAUUUUCAAUAUACAAUACCAUAAUACUUUUCUAUAAUCCAGGAAGUCAUGAUUAAAACAAAAUAUGAGAUUUAACAUAAAUAAUUAGCUUUUCUUUUAAUAAAAUAUGCAACAAUGUUGAUAAAAAUUCCUCUCUAAAAAGAGGUAGAUUCCAAGCCAGAAUGAAGUUCAUAGAAAGUCUGAAGCCUACAUUGAUAUGUAGGUUAUUGGUUUUUCUUAACCUUUUCCUUCAAUAAUCAUUCUUAAUCGCAAUUCUGAAGACUCUUCUAGACACGAAUGAGCGUCUGUAAUUACAUUUGCUAAACUUUAAGCUUAUUCAACUCUGAGAUAUUAGGAAGCUUUGUAUUUACAGUAAACUUCUUUUAGAUAAACCUUAGGCUCCCCAGUUAAUGCCAUGUGUGAAUGUUUAGAUAUGAGAGAGCUAAACUUUUGUUCAUCUGUAUUAGUCUGGUAUCUCCAAUUUGUGCUAGAUUUCGUUCUUCUGAGUAUUGAAGUAUCUAACUUUUGUAAAUGCUAUGUGACAGCAUGAGAAUCCUGAAGUGAGGACUCUCAAAAAAAUACUCAAAUUCUCUAUAGUAUCGUUGUAAGUUCAUUUAUAAACUCUAUCCCCAGCAUCCAUUAUUAAGGAAUCAUAGACGAAAGUGUCGGCUCAGUUUAGUGUUUUGACCUAACCAUGGAAUCAGCUAUUUCAGUUUGACUUGCCUGAUUAAUGUAAAUCUUUCGGAACUGUUACAGGGACUCAAUGAUGAAUAAAAAUUCAGCCUUCUUGAUCGAAUGAUUAAGAGCUUCCUAUUAUGGAACUUUUAAAAUUCAUAAUAUAGUUUUGUGAUAGUCCUGAGCAUCUUUCUUCUUGAUAUGUCCAUUCUACCUGAACUAACUGUAGGCAUCUGUUCUGUUGGUUUGCUUUUUGACAUAUAAGCAAGCAUUUAUUCCUUAUUCCUAAAAGGAUCAAUUAAACCCGAAUUUGUCUUAAAAAGGCCGUCCAAAUAUUCCAUGAGAGACAAAUUCAGGGUUGAAAAAGAUAUAAUCGGCUUCAUCUUGAUAUUCCUUUACCAACAAUCAAUUUAUUUUCUCCUUGAUUUCACUGAAAGUACCAGCACAAGAAAUAAUCUCUUUCAUCGAAUGCAUAACUCUCUGAUUGCUUAAUCCCUUUUGUUAUAGACCUACUAAGAUGGUUUUGGUAGAGUUUAAGCCAAAUGUAGUUCCAUUAUUAAAUAGCCCAAAAUAAGACUAAACCUGGAUAAAAUUGGCUUGGAAACUUCCUG